AUGGUCUUAACCUUUCCUGCCACCCCCCCCCCACCCCCCCCCCACCCGCAGAACAACAAAGACUACUUUGACCAGGGGCUGGACGAGGUGAAGCUGCUGCAGUAUGUCAAUGCAGCAGACCCGCAGGAUGAGGCAGGCCUGCUGCGCCUGCACGACUUCUUCUACUUCAAGGAGCACCUGGUUCUGGUGACGGAGCUGCUGCGUGCCAACUUGUACGAGUUCCAAAAGUACAACCGAGAGAGCGGGGACGAGCCAUACUUCACACUGCCGCGCAUACAGUCCAUCGCGCGCCAGGUACUGACAUCGCUUGCGUUUCUGCACUCACUGGGCCUGGUGCAUGCCGACCUGAAGCCUGAGAACAUCCUGGUGAAGAGCUACAGCCAGUGCCGGGUGAAAGUGAUUGACCUGGGCUCCUCCUGCUUCCUCACAGACCACCUGAGCUCAUACGUGCAGGUGGUCGGGCUUCCUAUGCCCCCCACGUUGAAGGUUGGCACCAACUGGUGCCACAUGCGUUUGCGCCCUGGCCCACAGAACGAGUCAAUUGCCACCCUGCUGGCACGGCUGGAGGGCAUUCUAAGGCCACUGCCACGCUGGAUGCUGCAUCGUGGGCGGUAUGCUCAUAAGUACUACAUGAAAGAUGGUCGUGUUUACGAGAAGAGUGUUCACUCGGGGCGGUAUGAGUAUUUGCGACCCAAGGCCACCUCAUUGGCAUGGCGGGUACCACAGGCGGACGAAGGAAUGCUGUCGUUCCUGAAGCACCUGCUCCAGGCAAGGCCUACCUGCCUGAGUGUCGAUCCGACGAAGCGACCAUCAGCAGCACAAGCCCUACACCAUCCCUGGCUCGAGCAUCAGUACUAAGCGCCUUUGGGCUAUCAUUUUCCUAGGAUUUUAUCUAAUUUCCCAACUUGUCAGCGAAAAGCCAUCUGUUUCUCUCCCGUGUCAUUGGUAUCACUUUUAGGCCUUCGUGCCAUUUCCAUGCUGCGUUGGUGUCCCCAUCACAAUGUGUAAGAGGUACCCCCCCAAAA